ACUACACUACAGUUCAUGAUCGCUCAGUCCCGAUAGGACUGUACCGCUAGAUUGAGAAUGCCCAGUGCAAAAACUCAGCGGAGAAUGUAGGACUGUAACGGACCUACUAUACAAGCCGUAUAUUUAUGCUGUAAUUUCUGUUCUCAGUUUUUUUGUGUUUGUGCAUUUAGGCUACUUUACUUUUAGUGGUAUUGAUAAAAUUAUAAUAACGCACGGAUAUCCCGCUUGAGAUGCUGCAAUGUCCCUGGGAUUGGUCACACGCGUUAACUUUUGGUGGAUUAUCCUGGUAGUGUCUCUGACGAUAGAGACUUCCCGUGUGAGAUGUCACAGCUGUCAUGAAGUUAAAACAGCUUUCCAGCUGCGACAGAUUGGACCGCUGAAAUGGGUACCAGAAACACCUGGAACAGAUGUGGAUCUGCUGGUGUGCAAACACCAGGGCCCAUCCUGCUGCACCCGCAAGAUGGAGGAGAGCUACCAGGUGGCGGUACGGAGGGAGACGGUGCAGAACAUCCGCUCCUACAGCUUUGAGCUCAACUACCUGCUGCAAGGCCACGCCACAGCCUUCCAAGACACGUUCCAGUCCCUGAUGACAUUCUCCAUGACCCACAUCAGCUCCCUGUUUGAGAGCAGCUACGCCAGCCUGUCCCUGGACACUGGGCCGCUGGUGACACGGCUCUUCUCCGAGCUCUCGCUGUACGUGCGCGGCGGCAACGUCUCGGUGGAGGCGUCCGUGCACCGCUUCUUCGACGACCUCUUCCCGCUGGUGUACGGGCGCCUGGUCAACCCCGGCGAGGAGGCGGUGGCGGGGGGGGGCCUGUCCGGCGAGCGCCUGGACUGCCUGCGCAUGACGCGGCAGGACGUCAACCCGUUCGGCGGGCACCCGCGGGCGCUGUCGCGCGAGCUUGGCGCGGCUCUGCGUGCGGGCCGGGCGCUGGCACAGGCGCUGGGCCUGGGCACGGAGCUGAUGAACGCCACGGACGCCGCCGUGCUUAGCCGCGAUUGCUCGCGCGCGCUCGUCCGCAUGCAGUACUGCGCCCACUGCCGCGGGCUCACGCUCAUCAAGCCGUGCCCGGGCUACUGCCUGAACGUGCUGCGCGGCUGCCUGGCCAGCCUCACCGAGCUCAACGCGCCCUGGCGCCGCCACGUGGCGCUGCUCGAGGACCUGACCCAAGCCGUGGCCGGACAGCACAGCCUGGAGCUCGCCCUGCUCGGGGUGGAGGGACAGGUCAACGACGCCAUCCUCUACGCACAGCUGAACGGUCCCAGGCUCGCCGCCACGGUGGAUAAAGUGUGUGGCCCAUCCACAGCGGAGGCACCCAGCUCACACACUCCAACGGAGGGACGCUGGUCCGUGUCCACGGCAACGGCCACGUUCACAGCCACAGCCCCCUCAGCUUCAACGCCUUUCUCGGAGGGUCCAGAUGUUGAGCUUCGGGGAAGGCUCGCCCACUUGAGAAGCUCUCUCCCCCUGAAACCUUCCAAGAGUGAUAAACCUAAAAGUCUGAAAAAGAUAUCUAGGGAGUUUGUGGGCUACAUCCCGCGUUAUAAGACCUUCUUCGGGGCGCUGCCGGAGAUGCUGUGUGAGGGCGAGAUGGGCAUGGAGUUCACCUGCUGGAGCGGAGACGAGGUGGUGGAGAGUUACACUAAGAAGGUGGUGGGGAACGGAGUGCACGCUCAGAGGCAGAAUCCGGAGCUGAAGGUGCGGGGAGCCGACCCUGCCCUGAUGGAGGUCAAAGACAAACUGGAGCAGUUCAGCCAGGAGAUCCAGGAGAGCAUGCCAGGGCUGGGGCAUCGAGAGGCCUGGGUGGAGACGGGCAGCGGCGUCGUGGAGGGCAGUGCCGAGUGUGACGAUGAAGAUGGAUGCCAGGGGUCUGGCACAGGCCAUCGGGAGAGCCCUGACGUGACCGGCCGCGUGGUCGUCCAGGGCAGCUCCCCGGAGGUGUCCUCCCCCAAGCGUCCCCCAGUGGUGCGGGUCACAGGAGCCGGCCCCCCUCCUCCUCUGCCUGGCACUCUGCUCAUGCUGCUCCUGCUGCUUCUACUGGUGUCUCAGUGGACCGUGCUCUAACUCUAACACACACACACACACACACGUACAAAUACACGCAUAUAGCCAAC